UGAAGUUCAAAUGUCAAUGUCAUUUAGUUUCGCACAGUGAUAAAUUCCAGUGACAUGCAAUUUUUGUAAUGGUAAAUUAUUUGUAAGAAACUGCAAACAAAUGCAAAUGUGCAGUCGAUGUGUGGAAUGCGACAACAUUUACUCGAUAAUUUCAAUUAUUGCGAGUGUUGUGGCUUAGAAACAAUUAGGCAGUUAAGAAUAAACAAGGCUCGGGCACUAUCAAACCUUUUUCCUAAAAAGCAAAAAGCUGCUUCUGCUGCUUCACAAGAUUUAUUUGAUGACUUUCAGGUUGAUAACGAAGAGUUGACGCUAAUCGAGGAUUCAUUGAUGAUUGAUGAUGCUUCUUCGGACAACAAGAAAAAACAGCUACUGUCAGUCAGCAGUGAUGAUGCUUCUUCGGACAACAAGGAAAAACAGCUGCUGUCAGUCAGCAGUGAUUUUAUUUCUUUAGAAGGAGAAGAGAAAGAACACAUAGCAAAUGGCGGGCAGACCCCCGAAAAAACAUUUAUCCAUGGACAGUGGCAACCACGGAAUAUCUCAGUCAGCGGCUGAUAAAGUAAUUGCAAGAAUGUAUAAUUAUUCCUUUUCUGAUCGGGAACGAUAUUAUCUCCGGCUAUUACUUCUUCACGUC